UGUAAGUCAUUCAGGACGAGAGCGCUAUUGACACACUACCAGAACUGCUUUGAAAGCCUCGCGGACGAGCGAUUGAGAAAAGCGCCCGCCAUGCCUUCCUCGCCCGCCUCGACGCCCGCCCUCCUUGCGGCAGCGAUGGGCGUGAUCGUGGCAGUGUGCGGUUCCGCCUCCCAGAGCGCCCCGCCCUCCAUGGCGAAGGUCAUCACGGCCAAGUCCCAACCCGAAGUAUGGACGCCCAUCGAGCACACCACGAGCCUGGGCACGAUAUCUGGACGGAAGGAGGAGACCAUCGGCCAGAAUCGAACGCACACCUUCUACUACGCCUUCAGAGGAAUACCCUUCGCGAAACCGCCCGUUGGGGAUCUGCGGUGGUCGGAACCUGUAGAGGUGGAGGACCGUUGGCCUGCCGGUCGGCUUGACGCCUCCGAAUUCAAGGCGAUUUGCCCGCAGUACGACACAACGGCGAGGCAGGUACUGGGUGACGAAGACUGUCUCCAUCUUAAUGUGUACACGGCGAAGUUGCCAGUCGACGCCCAGGACUCGAAGGAGCUCCUGCCAGUGUUCGUGUUCUUCCACGGCGGCGCCUUCCUUCGGGGCUCGGCUGUGUCCCACGGCGCCGCGCGCUUGCUGGCCCGCGACCUUGUCCUCGUCACCGUCAACUACCGCCUCGGGGCUCUCGGAUUUCUGAGUACGGGCGACACAACAUUGGCCGGGAACUACGGCAUGCUGGACCAGGUGGCCGCGCUGCGCUGGGUCCAGAGGAACAUCGCUCAGUUCGGCGGCGACAAGGACAGGGUCACCAUCGGCGGCUUCUCCGCCGGCGCCGCCUCCGUCCAGUUCCACACGCUCUCGCCUCGCUCUCAAGGUCUGUUUCACGGCGCUGUCCUAAUGAGCGGGAGCGCCAAGUGCUCGUGGGCGGUACAGAAGAAACCUCGCGCCCACGCCCAUCGAUUCGCGCGUGAACUGGGCUGCCCAUACGCCUCGGCCGCUGAGCUAAGGGCCUGCAUCUUGUCCAAGAGCACGGAGGAGGUGGUGGAGGCCCAGGCGAAGAUGCAUAGAUACAUCUUUUGGCCGGUGCCCUUCAGCGUAGUGGUUGACGGAGGGCUGAGAGAGGGUCCCUUCCUCCCCGUUCCUGUGGAGAACCUCACUCCGAGCGCGCCAGUGCCAGUUCUGAUGGGAAUGGUGCCUAAGGAAAGCAUACUUUUCGCAUUAGGUACCAUUCUCACCUCGAAGGACCCGACCGACGUAGCUGCCGUGUACGAGGACGCGGCGCUGUACCAAGUGGCCUCCUUCCUGCCAGACAGCACGGCGGAGACGGUGGCGAGGCUGGUCGAGUCUUUCUACUACACGCCGAAGGCUAGGCGAUCCCUCAACGCCCUGAUGGAGGAGAUGACCGAGCUUCUGACGGACUACCUCUUUUUGUCCUGCGUGUGGGAUACCGCCUUGGCCUACGCUGAUGGUGGCAGCCGCGUUUACACCUACGUUAUGACGCACAGAGAGCCGGGUGGGUACGUGUGGGCUGACAUAAUAUACCAAAACGCACGAAGAAUUGGCAUCACUUCGCCCCUCCUGGAUGUGGGCGUGUCCCAUGGCGACGAACUGCUGCACGUCUUCAGCUUCCCUGGCGCCCUCGAGCACCUGCAGGAUAAGGCUACUACUCAGGAGGAGACUGUAGCUGCCUUCAUGACCUCUGCCUGGGCUAGUUUCGUGAUGCAUGGCGAACCCCGAACAAACCCGACCUGGGAACCGCUCGCGCCGGGAGAACCUCAGCCUUACAUGAACCUCUGCCCAUCCCCCGCCAUGGUCCAUUCUCCCUUCAAAAAGCAGAGUCAGAACUUUUGGCGCCAGACGAUACCACUCGUGACGAACUCCUUGGCACCCACAGGAUUGCACGGGACCCGGAUGGAACAGUGCCCGCGCCCCUCCGAUCCUUGACAGUCUUAUUAUUGGCAUUUUUUCUUUCUUUCCUUUUCUUUUACAUUGUACUUAUAAUUACUCUUCCUGUUGUUUGUCUCUUAUAUAUUCUUAUUCAUAGACUCGUGUUUUUCUUUUCUUUUUCUCUCUCUUCUGUUUGAGCGUUGGAAUUUUUUUUUUUAAUUCUUCAUUUGACAGAAGCCCAACCCAAACUUAUGAAAUUGUAAAUUGAAUAAAGUUAUAAACAAAAUUA